AUGUCGCGCCGAAUGCAGUGGGAGAACAUGCGGCUGGAAGCCCGCAGCAGGAUGGCCGACAUGGAGUCCACGCCGCCGUCGGAGAACACACCGAAUUAUCAUGACGCCAGAGGUGGCGUGAUGGGUGGCUCCAACGAACGACCACGCGCAAAGUCACAGCGCAACAGCGGGCGCGAGGGUGACGGCACUGACACGCAGAGGAGCAACGUGAGGGAUAGCGCGCAACGCCACGGCGGGCAGGCAGCCGCGAGAGGCGAUGGUGGUAAGGAUGAUGACGAUGGCUAUGGUGCUGUGCGGCGGCUUGCUAGCGUGGAGAACUGUGCGAUACCGGUGGUGAAUAUAUUGGAGGUUCCAACAGCAGUUCCGGUGGGACAGACGCUGACGACAGCACCGCCGAUGACAGCUGCUACUGCUGUUUCUGGUGGUGUUGGGGUUCGUGUGCCGAACAACAAGGUAGAGAAUGAGAGACAAGGUGACACAAGCGAUGCUAACAGCAACAAGAACGAUAACAAUAAUAACAAUAACAACAGCAGCAGUGUUGGCACUGAAGAGGCUGCCCGGGAAUCAAGUGUCACACGCAAUGAGAAUUCCUUCAUGAGCCUACAAAUAGAGUUGGCACAGGAGAAGAAGAAGAACAUCGCCGCGGAGCACCGCCUUUUGUUGCUAGAGAAGGAGAUUAAGGUACUCCGCGCAGAGAACAUGCGCCUGGCGUCGGCUGACGCUAAAGGAGCCGUUACAACGAGGGGAGUGACUAGCGUUGCCGCGCCAACGACAGGCAGCUCCCCAACCCACUUGGAGCAGAUGGUGCAAGAGCUGCAGGAUGAGCUCCAACUGGCGAAGCAGUACACGAAUGAGUUGGAGUUGCGUUUAUCGGAGAAGUCGAGCGCGUUGGAGCGACGUAACCGUGAGGUGGAGUCCAAGGAGGAUCGCAUCCGCCAGCUGGAGCGCACUAUUGCGGACGAGCUGAUUCGCCGCGCCAAAGACGAGCCCGACCACAAAAGCAGCAAAGGUCAUA